AUGGCCAAAGGUGGAAAGAAAAGCAAUAGGAAGAAGAGUAUCAAUAAUAAACAACCACCCCCGGUAAUCAACGACGCCAACCUACCUGUCUCUGAACCCAUACCUGCAGAGUCCGCCUCCGACGAGAAGGCAGUUGUGGAAGAUGGGGUCUUCGGUCCAGACCAGGCCGAUGGCGAUGAACCUAACGAGGCGGAAAGUGCCCCGGCAGGAGAUGAUGCUGCCGCGCCAGAUUCGGAAGUAGCCGAAGAUGCGACACCACUUGAGGGACCAGCAGAACCAGCCGACGAAGAGGUGAAGCAUGAAGCUACACCCAAAGAAGAGGCAAAACCCGAAGAAGAAGCUACACCCGAAGGCGAAGACAAAGCCCAACCCGGUGAAGCUGCACCCGAGGCAGAAGAAGCACCUGCAGCUGAUGGUGAUGAAGCACCAGUACCAGAAGAAGGUGCCCCCGACAAAAACCAAGAGGAACAACUUGCCGAAGAAGCUCCUGAAGAAGCAGAACCAGUAUCUGAAGAGCCUAGUGGGGAUAGACCGGCAGCAGAAGAAGCUCCCACAGAAGAGAAUGAAGGGGAAGAUGAUGGUGUGUCAUGA